UUGCCGUGGAAAGCGGACGUGUUCGAUCGCAUUUUCAUGCGCGAAUUUUCCGCAGAUUUUUAUAUGCUAAUAUAAAGACCCGAAGCGAUGUAUAAAAAUAAUAUUUUUAAGGACGAUUAAGUGACCUUUGGGAUGGUGAAUUCGUAAAUAUCCAGACAGUGUUGCCAUAAAUAUCUAAUAAUAAAACAUUAAAUCUGUCGAAUGCUUCGUUUGUAAAGGAUUGAGUGUUUUGUGGUGUAACAUUUUCUGUGUUUGACUGUCGUAGAUUCCUUUGCAUCCAUGUGUAGUGUAUUAAAAAGUGAAAUGUGAAACAGUUUAGAGUUUUUGAAUUUGGAAGUUCGUUGAGCGGGUGCAUAGACCGGGAGAUGCCUAACUCGACGCCGGUCAGCUUCCAGUGGGACAAACUCUCGCCGGCCGAGUUCCAGCAGCUACAGGAGUUAGCAUCCUAUUCCACAAAAAAACUCCAAGAUGUCCUCAAGGAGAUUUAUGAAGUUAAGAAGCAAAGUCCAGACGGAGACAUCGAUUAUGAAGGCUUCCGUUGGUUCCUCGAUACAUUCCUUGAAGUCUCCACUCCGGACGAGUUAUGCAGACAUCUGUUCCUGUCGUUCGUGCGGCGCGACCGUCGUCCGGCGCUCCGAGAGAUGGCGGCCGCCAGCUCAGCCGCCGCCUGCGCAGCUGUCACCGCACACGCUGACCACCAGGGGAAGCUCAGCCUAGCAUCCAAAAUCCAUGGUCUUGCGGAGCGACUGCAGCAGCUGGGGCGUAGUUCAGGAGAUUCGGUGGACGGCAGCGACAAGGGCUCGAGAAGUAGAACUGGCAGCGUUCACCCAAUGUUCACAGUGACGACCCACCCGUCCUACUCCUCGCACGAGCUGUGCCUGGACCGCCGCAACGAGACCAGUCCCAGUCACAGCCAGAUGUCCAGGAACUCCAGUCGGAAGAGCAGCAACUCUUUGAGGGUCAAUCAGUCUACUAAAAUCGAAGACUUCAAGCACCUAAUGAGAAGACCGUCGACCCUGGAAGUGCACACAGCGAGGGUGUCGCUCAAAGACAUCGUCUGCUACCUCUCCUUGCUGGAGGCUGGUCGGCCUGAAGAUAAGCUUGAAUUCAUGUUCCGGUUGUACGAUACGGAUGGUAAUGGUGUGUUGGACACAAACGAGAUGGACUGCAUCGUGAACCAGAUGAUGACUGUGGCUGAGUACCUCGGCUGGGAGACGUCAGAAUUGAGGCCUAUUUUACAAGACAUGAUGGUGGAGAUAGACUAUGAUGCUGACGGGACAGUUUCUUUGGACGAAUGGAAGAGAGGGGGAAUGACGACUAUACCUCUCCUUGUCCUUCUCGGUCUCGAUACGAACGUGAAAGAAGACGGCGAGCACGCUUGGCGCCUGAAACACUUCAGCAGACCGGCGUACUGCAACUUGUGCCUGAACAUGCUCGUCGGGCUCGGCAAGAAGGGCUUGUGUUGUAUCUUUUGCAAGUUCACGGUACACGAACGUUGCGUACAACGUGCGCCUGCGUCGUGUAUCGCCACUUACUCUAAAUCUAGACGGGCGUCAGCGGCACUUGCUCAUCAUUGGGUAGAAGGAAAUUGCCACGGAAAAUGUGCAAGAUGUCGGAAAAAAAUUAAAGGUUAUAACGGAAUAACAGGACUUCACUGCCGAUGGUGUCACAUCACACUUCACAACCGCUGCGUGGGCAGCGCGGGCGGCGCGUGCAGCCUCGGCCGGCACGCGCGCCACAUCCUGCCGCCCACCGCCAUCCGCCCGCUCGUGCUCGACCGCCAGAGGUCGCUGCCUCAUCGAUCGCAGCACGACCAGCAAUCCCUCCCAACCUCAAUAUCACUGCCGAUCUCCAUCUCUGCUCCUCCAGAGGAGAAGAGAGAGGAGAAGAAAGAGCACCGCGCUCCCCCCAUUUCCUUCCAAAUUACGCCUCCAGAUGGGAGCUGUCCAUUACUGGUGUUUAUUAACCCCAAGAGCGGGGGUAGGCAAGGAUCCAGGGUGUUGAGGAAGUUGCAGUAUAUUCUGAACCCGAGGCAGGUGCAUGAUAUAGCGAAAGGAGGGCCUAUGCAAGGGUUGCAGAUGUUCAAAGACGUGAAGAGUUACAGAGUGAUAUGCUGCGGUGGAGACGGCACAGUUGGCUGGGUGCUGGAGACCAUGGAUAAAGUACAAAUGGAAACCCAGCCGGCAGUUGGAGUAAUACCCCUGGGCACCGGCAACGACCUUGCUCGGUGUUUACGAUGGGGGGGCGGAUAUGAAGGCGAGUCGAUACACAAACUUCUGGACAAGAUCGCGCGCGCCAGCACCGUCAUGAUGGACCGAUGGCAGAUUCAUGUCGAGAACACCAGCGCUGAAUGUGAACAGUUACAAAUAAUGCCAGAUUCCGCCCCUCAUCCCACGGGCGUUCCCUACAACAUCAUCAACAAUUAUUUCUCUAUUGGUGUUGACGCGGCGAUAUGUGUCAAGUUCCACACGGAAAGAGAGCGGAAUCCAGACAAGUUCAGCUCCCGAAUGAAGAACAAACUCUGGUACUUCGAGUUCGCGACGUCGGAACAGUUCGCUGCUAGCUGUAAGAACUUACACGAGAACAUCGAUAUUGUGUGUGACGGCUCGUCCCUGGAGCUGAACAAGGGGCCGGCGCUGCAGGGCGUGGCGCUGCUCAACAUCCCGUACGCGCACGGCGGCUCCAACCUGUGGGGCGCCGGCGGCGCGCACCGCCGGGGGCGCUUCCCCAACGCGCAGCAAGAUAUCGGUGAUAAGCUGAUAGAAGUCAUAGGUCUUGAGAACUGCCUGCACAUGGGUCAAGUCCGGACCGGUCUUCGCGCGUCGGGCCGUCGUUUAGCUCAGUGCAGCUCCAUCACCAUCACGACCAGAAAAACAUUCCCGAUGCAGAUCGACGGCGAACCCUGGAUGCAGACUCCUUGCAAGAUCACAAUCACCCACAAGAACCAAGUCCCGAUGUUGAUGGGGCCUGCCCCCGAGAAAGGGAGAGGAUUCUUCAAAUUGUUUACCCAUUGUUAACCACAAAAUUUUUAAUUAGCUACCGUCUCAUUCAUAAUAGAUUUUAAAGAUCUACCCUCAUAAAAAAUAUGUUAUAUCUCGUUCUGUCAAUGGCAAAUAAUAGUGCAAUAGUGACAAAAUUUAGCUUUUAUCUUUGAAGAGUGAGAAGAGAUCUGGUCUGGGAAUAAGAAAAUUUUGAUUUAGUCCAUGACGCGUCGAUUAUAGGUGCAUAGACACUAAGCGAGCGAAUGCUCAAUUUAGCCCCACUCUAGCUGUCCAAUGACUGGUUGGUCCAGGCUGGCCAGAAGCCAACUAGAAUGAGCGUUCGCUUGAUUGUGAACAUUAACAACAAAUCCCGCGUUUGUUUUUUGUACAAAAUCCAUCAACGUUGGGCGUUAUUAAUGCAUAAAACCCGAAAUACAAUAACAUAUUCGCGAUAAAAAAGCGUUGACCUAUACACGGAUUCACGUUCUAAUCCAAAACAAUGAAUUUUUGACUUAUUCCUUUGAAAACGAGGGGCAAAUGUGGUGAAAAUUGUUAUGCCUAUUGGAAACAGUUCGUCAAACUUUGGCGGAUUCUACAUACAUUACUGGUUUUUCCGUGCGGUAAAUAAAAACUCUCAUACAAAUUACACUAUGUUCAUUCAUUCAUGGCAAUUUGCCGGAUUUACUAUGAACAAUCACGUGGUCAAACUCCUCAACAUAUGAUAUGGUUUGUUUGGCGACCGCUAGAUGGCGCUGGGACCAACAUAUAACGCCAGAAUAACCAGAAACAAUUUUUAGAACAAAAAUGUUAUUGGCAAAAUAUAUUUUAACUACAAUGCUAGACAGAGAUAGAAAAAAAUAGGAAUAAUUUUGCUUUAGAAGUAUUGAUAACGUGGCUUACCUGUUAUUGGUAGUUCACAAUAAGAGACAUGCCCUAUUGUUCCGUCGUUCUCCGUUAUGUUGACAUCCGUAGAUGGACAAUGCAGAAAUUAUAUGAAGAUGUCAACACACAUAAAUAUUAUAGAAAACAACGGAGCCGCGACGUGCUGCGUCGUCGCAAUGGAGUACAACUAAGCAAGGGGCUUUUAUACAAUCGCUGUUAUUAUUUUAUGGUGAAAUUUCUUUAGCAAAGAAACAACUUUGCAAUAUAUCAAUUAUAGUGCAUUCUUAGGACUUCCGUAAAAAUGCAUUAAAAAAAGCAAGCAUUUCUUAUGGAGGCAAUAAAUAUUUUUUAUAGCUUUAUUUAGUUUUUGAGAUAUACAGAAAAACGGAAAUAACCCAAGGUACAUUUACAUUAAAACUAUAUGUAUAUUUAAACUGUUAAUUUUUUAUAUACAUAUUGUCUUGGUGACGAUGUCGUGAAAUCUCGAGAAGUUAUAAAAAACUUAUAAUUUUUAAUAGUACAAACAAAUAUGGAAUAUAUUACUACACUUAUAUUUAAUAAAAGGUUUAUAACGACUUAUUUACAACGGUAACGUUUGAACGCAAGUAAUAUCAAAAAUUGUAAAUAGUGAAAGAGACAGGUAACAGCGGGGUAUUGUCCUUUUUUCCGUGUAGCUUAGAAACAUACUAUAAUCACGAACCUGGACCAUCGAAUGAUACUCGUAACCUAGCUAUUCCUUAAUUCCAUCCAGUAGUGUGGUGUGACCCUGGAGGAUUACGACAAGCUCUGAUCGACCAAUCACGUUAGAUUUUGUAAAUUACAUCCCUAAGGUGGUGAAAUUAUAGGGGUUGCCAGUUUGUAUGAAACUUCAUCAUUUUUGAAGUGAGAUACGUGAAAAUUUGCUUAGCAAAAUAUGAUUAUGCUUA